AUGAUAGCUUCUGAAAUUUUCGAAAGAGAUGUGCAAGAUCCAUUUUGUCAAGGUUGUGAUUAUGAGGACGAAACAGUGGUACCAAACUUUUUAGGUUCAAACGAUUUUGUAAACUCUAAAUUAGCUUCCUUUAGUUUCGAAAACUCUUUAAAGAAUAACUACUCUCGUAACAACAGCAGUAAUAAUUCGAACAGACAUAACAGUUUCCCCCAUAUCAUUGGUCAUCAUUUGAGAAAAAUCAAAACUGCUCCACAUCAUCUAUCUAGUUUCAUCCCGCCAACUUCAGCAAACACUUCCAAUGAAACAAUUCGUCCCGCUCCAAGAAGAGUAAGAGCAAAUAGCAGUACUCUUAUUCACCAACUGUGUAGACAGUCAACCAGACAGUCUUCCUUAGGUGACACAGCAAAUACCUGUAUUGAACAUAAACGCUCAAAGCCUAGGUCCAGACACUCGUCCUGCUACGGUAUACCAACACAUCUUUACGGGUUAGAAAAGUACGUUUCGUCUGAAUUGGAUUCGUUGGCAGCAAACAACGAUCAGCCAAAUGAUACUACUCUCCCAUCAGCAUCUGCUUCGACCUCGACCUCGAACUCAAAUUCGUAUUUGAAUCUCAAUUCCAACUGGAAUGUAAACCCUGUUUCCAACUCUACCGCAUGCCCAUCGUCUAAUCUUCCCAAUGAAAAAACUAAUCGAUUAAAAUUGAUUUCUCAUGGAAAAAUACCAUCAAAUAACAUCGCAAGCCAUAGCGGAAACUUCGCCCAUUAUUCUAAAGAACGCACGGCAGCUAAUUUGAGAAGAGAAUCCUCUUCGAUGCUUUCGUCCGGCUCCUCUUCAUCUCCCUUGCAGACAAGAAAUAAUUCGUAUUCUAACUCUUUGGUAAAAUCGUCUUCCAAUAGUUCUUUGAAUACUAGUGUAGCUUCUUCUACAGACGAACCUCUUCCACAAGCCUCCACAUGUGUGGAGGAUAGGAAACCAGGAAGGACAUCAUUCAUAAAAUUAUCAUUAGCAAAUUCCUUUUCUAAUUAA